AUGCGCCAAGACAAGCCCCUCCAGCGCUACGCCCAUAAGCACAAGCAGGCCCUGUGGCCCCUGACCAUCACCGCGUGCUUGAUCGGCGGCGCGGGCGUCUUCGAGUUGCUACGGGUCUUCGCCGCGACGCCAUGGUGCCGGCCGAUCUGCUACAUCCUGGUAGGCUUUACACUAGCUCUGAAGGCCUUCUCAGUACAUGUGGCCAAUGAAGGCGGCCCCAUCGCGUUGUUGCCCACACCGUUGAAACGGUGGCUCCUGACCACUUCUGUCUUAGAUGCUGCUUCAGAAGUAGCCAUGCUCGUCGACUUCCAGCACUGGAUCGGCGUGUUUAUUCACGCCAUCCAGAUGCUGCGCUUGGACUCUCACGAGCGCGAGGAAAUCCUGCACAAGCUCGGACCUACCAUACGAAGGUGGGCGACGCGACCCGGGCUGCUGCGAGCGAUCCGGCCCUUGCACGACGCUUUAGUCUGGGAGGAAUCGGAUGAUGACGACGAGGUCCCGGUCGCGCCCCCGUUUCUGAAACGAGUGACCUCACGCCCGACGCCGCCGCGUUCGUCGAGGCCGCGGCCAAGAUCAACCCCUGGUCGACGCUCGUGCACAUCCUGUCGACGCGGGCCUACCGCUCGUUGCGGGCGAACUUGUCUCCUUCGGCGCUGGCGGUGUCGGCCGCGGUGCCGGCGGGCCUGGUCGCUGCGGUUUUAACGAGGCGGGACCACCGGAUCCUCUUGCAGCGGGAGUUCUCGCGCAUUAUUCUGACGGGCGGCGCCGUCGCGGCGGCCGUGCCGUUCGCCGCGCUAGUGGGCUUGCACGUCGCCCCGGGUCCCGAGGGCCACAACGACCCGACCUCGCCAGUUCCCGAAAGAGGGGUCCCGGCGCUUUGGCCAAAGCUGGUGGUUUGGCGGCGGUCGUCUUUUCGGUCUUCGGCGGGCUCCUGUCGCCGGCGGCGUGGCGGACGACGUUUGGAACGAUUGGCGGGGGCUGCGGUAACGGCCUUUGUGAGUUUGACUUUUAACGUUUCGCGUCGAUGGCGUGGCGCGCGCUGGGCCAUUUUGUCCGCGAAAACCCGUCAAAGACCAAUCUCAGUGCCGCCUCUCGCGCGCCGGCGUGGCUGAGGCUGCCCACUUGGCCUGUUGAGCGUCCCGGCGCAGCAUCGCGUGAUCCCACGAUGGAACUGACUGAUGAUCCCAUUGAGAACUCCCAGGACCAACUUGAUGCUGUGCCUCAGCAGCAGGAAGGAGAAGACAUCGAUAACUCCGACGACGAGGCACCCGCCGCGCCUGCAAGUGCACCACCAGUAGCGCCGCCGCCGCCGCCACCUGCACCGCCCGUGCCGCCGCCGGUCUCGCGAUCGGCGCCACCGCCUCCGCAGCCGCGGCCACAGAAGAGGGCACGACAUUCGUCGUCUGGAUCCGCUUUUGAGACCGGCAACCUGCUGUUUGCAAACACGGCGCAACGAAGCGUGCUCCGCUUGGUCCUAGAAGACAAAAAGAACGUGUUCUAUACCGGGUCCGCGGGGACCGGCAAGUCAUUCACCACCCGCCUCAUCAUCGGCCGUUCCGAAAACAAUACGGAGACAAGUUUAAUCGGCGCGUCGCCGUCGUCGCGCCGACGGGCAUCGCUGCGGCGAACGUCGACGGCACGACGAUUCAUCGCGCGGCGGGCGUCGGCGUGCCCGGGCAGCUGCGGGAUUUCGGGCGCAUCUGGGAGAAGCGCGUGGACGUUCCCGGUUUGUCGCCCGACGAGAAGGCUCCCCUGCUCUGGAGAGAGCUCGAACAUCUGAUCAUCGACGAGCUGUCGAUGCUGUCGGGCGAGUUCUUGGAUCGGCUCGCUGCGGAGGUGCGCAAGAUGCGGGGCGACAGUAGGCCCUUUGGCGGGAUCCAGCUGAUCGCGUGCGGCGACCUCCUCCAGCUGCCGCCGAUCGAGAAUAGUUACGAGCCGGAUCAGGGCGUCGAGUUCGACGCCGAUAAUCCCGCGGACGUGACAAAUCAGCUGGGCCCCCUCUUCUGCGCCCGCGGUCGCUGCUUCGAGGCGCGAUGUUUCUGGGACGCGAGAUUCCACUACGUGAAGCUGACGGAGUGCUACCGCCAGGCGGACCGCGUCUUCAGCGGAAUUCUCGACAGAAUCCGCGUCGGCGACGCUUCUGAUCGCGAGGAGCUCAACGAGAACUGCCUACGACCGGCGGGUCCGGGCCUGACGUUAUUUCCACGCAACCGCGAGGCCGAUGCGCUGAACGACAGGAAGUUCAGAGCGCUGGAGGGCACUGCCGAGACCUGGGCCGCGACCGACGCCGUUUGCCUGUUUCAAGAGGCUGACAAAAUUUCGCGAGCGAACGCCGUCGAUAUCGUAUCCGACUGUUUCAAAGACUUCCUGGCGAUUGAUGAGGUACAGCUCAAGGUCGGGUGCCGCGUGCUAAUGCUCGCCAACGUCGACCCCAAAGCAUCGCUCUUCAACGGCGCCCAAGGCGAGGUCGUCCGCUGGGCGACGCCGGACGAGCUGUUUGCGCGCGCCAUAUCCGACGCGGAGACUCUCGCGGAAGAUUGCGAGGUCUGGAGGACGGUAGCUACGGCCCUCCGCGGCGGCAACGCGAAAGCCGCACAGGACGCUCUGUGGCGGCGGCCCGGGGCGUCAAUGAGUCAGAAUGUGGACGUGGCCCCGUUCACGCGCGAUGACUACAUGGCGGCGAAGAGCCACGUGAAGCGUCGAGACCGCUGCGCGGCGGCGUGGCUCGUGGAUCGGCUGGUUGAGGGCGCUCGCGUGCCGGUCUGUCGCUUCGAGGGGCAAUCAGAGGUCAUUGUCACGGCGACGUUGUUCGAGCGGGAGGUUGCGGGUAUCGGCGUCGCGAGGCGGAGGCAGAUGCCCCUACGGCUCGCCUGGGCGCUGUCCGUCCACAAAUCUCAGGGCAUGGGAUUGAAACAGGUAAGGUUCGACCCUGCGAAGACCUUCGACGACGGCCAGGUGUACGUGGCGCUCUCGCGCGCGACGACAAUGGAGGGCCUCUCGCUCGUGUCUCGGGUUCUGCCGCGGCACCUGCGAUGCGAUAGCCGCGCGUUGCGCAUGAUUCGGUACCUCGAUAGCCUCCUUGCGGAUGGCGCCGCCGACGUCCAGCUGCCCGCGAAUCCGCCGGAGGAUCUCGUUAGGACUUGGGAGCAGCGGCCUCCGAAGAUCCGGAGACGGAGUUCUAUGGCGCGCGCGAUAGGGUCCUCGUUGUUUUAA